AUGGCAGAGCAACUUUCCCCUGGAAAGGCGACGGAUCAGGCGUGCACCUUCCUGUUCAAAAAGCCUGGGCGAAAGGGGCCUGUAGGCCGCAGGAAGCGCCCGAUCUGCGACCCAGAGCCCGGAGAUGGCAGCAGCAGCAGCGAGGAAGGCAGCACUGUGGUUCGCCGCGAAAAGAAGCGGGCGACCCACAAUCCGAUGAUCCAGAAGACCCGUGGCAGUGGUAAACAGAAGGUGGUUUACUGUGAAUUGAGUAGCAAGGAGGAGGGGGAUGGGAAGGGGAAGGAGGCUGAGAGUCUCCGUGUGGUCUACAAGUCCACCCGCUCGGCGAAACCCGUGGGGCCAGAGGAUAUGGGGGCGACUGCUGUCUACGAGCUAGACACAGAAAAGGAGCGUGACGCACAAGCCAUCUUUGAGCGCAGCCAGAAGAUCCAGGAGGAGCUGAGAGGCAAGGAAGAUGACAAGAUCUAUCGGGGAAUCCAUAACUAUCAGAAAUACAUGAAACCCAAGGAUACACCUGUGGGCAAUGCUUCCUCCGGAAUGGUGCAGAAGGGCCCCAUCCGAGCUCCGGAGCAUCUACGUGCCACCGUGCGCUGGGAUUACCAGCCCGACAUUUGUAAGGACUAUAAGGAGACUGGCUUUUGCGGCUUCGGAGACAGCUGCAAAUUCCUCCAUGACCGAUCAGAUUACAGGCAUGGGUGGCAGAUGGAACGUGAGCUUGAUGAGGGUCGCUAUGGUGUCUAUGAAGAUGAAAAUUAUGAAGUGGGAAGCGACAGUGAGGAAAUGCCAUUCAAGUGUUUCAUCUGUCGCCAGUCCUUCCAAAACCCAGUCGUCACCAAGUGCAGGCAUUAUUUCUGUGAGAGCUGUGCUCUGCAGCAUUUCCGCAACCCCCGCUGCUACGUCUGUGACCAGCAGACCAAUGGCGUCUUCAAUCCAGCGAAAGAAUUGAUUGCUAAACUGGAUAAGCAUCAGGAUGCAGAAGAGGAUGGGAACUUGACAGAGGAAAAGGCAGGUGAUGAAGUAGGUUCCUGGAUAGAUGGCUUGUGAAAGCAUCAAGAUGUCUUG